UUGCUCGAGGCGGAUAUGACGACAGCCUCCGCGCUCCGCCCACUCAGUCACGUGAGCGGUGGGUGCGGCUCCGCGGGGAAGAUGGCGGCGCCGCGGGAGCCGGGCCGGGAGUCGGAGGCCGCGUUCGCGAAACGGGUUGACCCGGCGCGGGAGCCGGAGCUGAGCGCGGAGCAGCGGCGCGUCAUGCAGCGCGCGGAGGAGGCGCUGCGCCAGCGGGGCCUGCAGCGGCGGCUCCGGGGCCGCAACCUGCUGACGGGGCUCGGCAUCGGCGCGGUGGUGCUGGGCAUCUAUGGUUUCACCUUCUACAAGAUCUCCCAGGAGCGAUUCCUGGACGAGCUGGAGCAGGAGGUUGAGGCUGCCCGGGCCCAGGCUGCCAAGACCCCAGUAAACUGAGACCCUGAGCAGGCUGGGGCUGCUCCCCACUUGGGAUGGAUCCAGCUGGAACUGACACAUGUGCCAGGGACCCUCAGCAGCCUGACUUCUUGGGUUGCUUCUGCCUUUGCCAUGCCAGGCACUCCCUAUGGUGAGCCGAGUCCCCCUGGGUGGAGACGGGGGGCUCCUCUCCCCUGUGCCCAGUGGGGACCAGGCUCCUGCCACCUCCCGUUAAACCUUCUGACUGCAGUUGCAGACUGUGGUGCAACAGCACCAGCUUUGUUUCCUGACAGG